CAUGGAAGUUACAGUUUUUUUGGUUAAUGAAUAAUUACUGGUAUGGAACUAUUGUCUAUUUUAACUGAAAUAUGUUUUUCAAUAGCUUCCAUGUCAUUUCAGCAAAUGGUUCAAAAUAUAUUCUGAAGUGUAUAAUCACAUAGCCCACAGAGGCUGCACCAGUUUGUAUUUGAUAUUGGUAAUUUCUCAAUGUAUUCAUUUUUUUCAAUACCUUCCAGCUAUAUGACCCAGUGUCUAACCACAUCCCCCACAAAGUACUAAUAUCCAAUAUAAUAAUAUUGGAUAUUAGUACUUUUAAAAUGUCUUCUUUCUCAAAUAAUAUUAUUAAAAAAUAUUAUUUUUUUAAUAAUAUUAUUUGUUUUCAAUAUUGCAUAUCAUGUCGACCACUACUGACCACAGUACCAGUGUUUUCAUUUUUAUGUCAUGUGUAUAAUCUUGAAAUAGCCAGGCUGUGUGUCCUGCUCUACCAUCCCCUCCAUGACCCGCCCAUCCGCUGCCGCUGCCAGAGCCUGGUCAGGUGUUCGUGGUACAGCCACCUCAACUUUUGCUUUUUGGAGAACUGAUUGGAUUUUCGUGUCCGGACAAACACAAUCAAGACCAUGCUCAGACGGAUACUACAAAUGACUCCUGGGAAAGGAGGCUCCCAGAAUGCAGAGUCAGAGCAGCCCAGCACAGACCUUAAUCAUGAUCAAACCUCUGAGGGCUUCAUUUGUCCUCAGUGCAUGAAGUCUCACAACUCUGCGGAGGAGCUUUUCAAGCACUAUGAGCUGUUCCAUGAUACUGGAGACCUUCCCGCUCAUGUGGCCCCCACGAGAGAAGACCUCACAAUGUUACGUCAGGAGGUUCAGGACCUGCAUGCCUCUCUCAAGGAAGAAAGAUGGUUCUCCGGAGAGCUCAAGAAGGAGUUAGAUAAAGUCCAAGGACAACUGAAGCAAAACGAUGAACAGCCAAGCUCAGACGAUUCAGCCCUAGAAAGGAAGUUGAACGAAUCAGAGACAGAAAAGUUCAACAUCAAGCAGAUGAAAGACCUGUUUGAGCAGAAGGCUGCCCAGCUGGCAACAGAGAUAGUAGACUUAAAGUCCCGCUAUGAUGAGGAGAAAAGCUUAAAGGAGGCUGCUGACCAGAGGCUUGCCAAAUUGACUGAACAACUGGAGAAAGAGAAGCAAGAGAACGAGAGACUCCAAACAGAACUUCUGCAGCGACCAGGAGUGGAGGAUGUGGAGGUACUGCAGAAGGAGUUGGUGCAGGUGCAGACACUGAUGGACCAGAUGACACGGGAGAGGGAGGCGGAGUCUGAAAGCCUCAAGAACCACUACGAGCAGCUGCAGGCUAAUUACACUACCUCAGAGAUGACCAUAUCCCAACUGAAAGCGGAGCUGGAGAAGGGUCCACAGGAAGCAGCUGUCUAUACGCAACAGAUCCACCAGUUGCAGAGCAAUCUGAAUAAUUUGCAACAGCAAAGCCAGAACCUGUCUGAAAAGCUAACACGUAAGCAGAAAGAAUAUCAAGAACUGGAGGAGCAUCUGGGGACUGAGAAGGCUGCCAAGAAGGAAGUCAAAGACAACCUGAGGGAGAAGGAGCAGGAGGUCCAAGAGCUCCAAGCUCGGGCCAACGGGGCCGAGGUGUCCCUGCAGAAGGCCCAGACAGAGCUUGGAGAGAGGGCUGAGGAGGUGGCCAAGUUGAAGAGUGAGAUUGUGGACCUAGAGGUGAAGCAUGCAGAGCUGAAGGUUGAGAGGAAACAGCUGGAGCAGCAGAGGGAAGAAAAAGAGAGCCACGGUGCUCAGCAGCAGACUGAGAUUAGUCAGCUGCACGCCAAGCUGCUGGAGGCAGAGAGGCAGCUCGGUGAGGUACAAGGUCGUCUUAAAGAACAGAGGCAACUGUCUGGGGAGAAAUUAAAAGACCGUGAGCAGCAAGCAGCCGACCUGCAGCUCAAGCUCUCUCGUGCUGAAGAACAGAUGAAGGAGAGCGGCAGUAAGAACACAGACCUGCAGCACCAGCUGGAGAAAGCCAAGCAGCAGCACCAGGAGCUGCAGGCGCUGCAGCAGAACACCAACGGCAAACUCCGUGAGGCGCAGAACGACUUAGAGCAGGUGUUGCGUCAGAUUGGAGAUAAGGACCAGAAGAUCCAGAACCUGGAGGCUCUGCUGCAGAAGAGCAAGGACAUUGUGAGCCAGCUGGAAACCGAGAGAGAGGACUUAUGUGCGAAGAUCCAGGCCGGGGAAGGAGAAACGGCUGUGCUCAACCAGCUAAAAGAGAAAAACCAUGCACUACAAGAACAGGUAACACAGUUGACAGACAAGCUGAAGAACCAGUCAGAGAGUAACAAGCAAGCCCAGGAUAACCUACACGAGCAGGUCCAGGAGCAGAAAACCCUGCUGCGUUCAGCACAGGACCGAGCCCACACCCUGGAGACUUCAGCCACUGAACUCACUGCCCAGCUCGCAGAUAGCAAAGAGAAAGUAGCCCAGCUGGACUCUCAGCUGAAGGCAAAGACUGAGAUGUUGCUGUCUACAGAGGCAGCUAAAGCAGCGCAGAAGGCCAACCUAGAGAAUAACCUGGAGGCUGCCCAGCAUGCACUGCAGGACAAGCAGCAGGAGCUGAAUAAAGUUCAGAAGAAGGUGGAGGAGAAGGUUCAGAGGCUCAAGGAGAGGCAGGAGCAGUGCACUCAGCUGGAAGCCAGUCUGAAGGAAUGCAAGGACAAACUACUGGCCUCAGAACAGCGUAUAGAGCAGGUGGAGGGGCUCAAUAAGAAAUUGGAGACACAGGUAGGGGAGUUGCAGGCCACACGGGACCAGGCACAGCAGGAAGUGCAGAAGCUGCAGAAGGAAGGGUCAGAGAUUAAGCGAAAAGCCAAGGAGCUGCAGCGCUCACUGGAGACCGAGAAAGCAGGGACCUCCACAUUACAAGAAGAAUUAAAGCUCAAGGCAACUGCUUUGAGUGACAGCCAGCAGCAGCUGGAGCGCUGCGAACAGGAGAAAGUGGCUUUCAAGGUGAACCUCGACAAGGUGACCCAGGAGGGGAAGGCACAGCAUGCAGAGCUGGACAAGAAAGCUCAGAGCCUGGCUGCAGAAUUAGUAAAGGCCCAGCAGGAGAAGGAGACUCAAAAGAAGGAGCUUGCCUCCACUCAGGAGAGUCUAGGCAAGACGAGAAAGGCUCUGAAAGAGAGUCAGAGUCAACUGGACACUGAGAGGAAGAGCCAUAAGUCAGCCAUGGAGGAGAAGGAAAAGUCACACGAAAAGGCCAAACAGGAGCUUCUGAAGAAUAAUGAGGGCGUCGCCAAGGCAAUGAACGAAUCUAAAGAACAGUUGGAGCAGAUGAGAGAGGCAGAGAAAAAGUUGAAAGCACAGCUGGCCUCACUGGUACAGCAGCAUUCAAAGACUCAAGAGGUGCUGAAAGAAAAGGAGAAGGACUCUGAGAAGCUGCAGGUACAACUUAAGACGGCCCAGGGGUCCUUUGAAGAAGAGAUGAAGAAACUGAGGGGCAAAGUGGCAGAGUUACAGGAAGUCAAUGUCAAGAAGGCAGAGGAUGAGAGCAAGCUGAGGGAGCAGGUGUCAGGGCUCGGUCAGAAGCUGGACUCUGAGAGGAGCCAGACAGCAGAGCUCCAGAAGACCUUAGAGCAAAGUCAGCAAAGCUUCACCAAGCUACAGUCUGACUUCUACGGCAAGGAGUCUGAGGUCUCUGCCCUGCGUCAAGACCUGAAAGUGUCAGAGGAGAAGUUAAGUUUGACCCAGGAGGAGCUGGCUGCUAACCGGACACAUCAGACAGGUUUAGAGGCUCAGAUCCAGGAACUGAAGGCAGGCCGGGGCUCUCUGGAGCAGGAGCUCACCAAACGGGAUCAGAGGCUCCAACAGCAGGAAAAUGCACUGAAGGAGCUGCAGAAGCAACAGGGUCUAAUUAAGGAGGAACUGGAAAAGGAGAGGACCAGUGUGGAGGAGAUGAACAAAGCCAAGAGUGUCCUGGAUAAGAACAACACCAGACUGACUUCUGAGUUAAAGGAACUAACAGAGAGGAGCGAGAAGGAGCUGGUUGAGUUGCGGGAAGCCAAACAGCUGUUGAUCCAGCAGAAACUGGAGCUACAGGGUCAGGUGGAGGCAGCCCAGGGUGCCCUCGAGCACGAACAGAAGGAGCACCAGGCCACCAGGGACAGCAGGAGCCAGAGAGAAGAGCAGCUCCAUGCCCAAACCAAGGAUGUUCAGGAUCAGCUGGCGGCAGAGAAGAGAGCCAGAGAAGAGCAGGUGAAGCGCGGGGAGGAGGCGGAAGCUAAAAUAAGCGUUCAGGUGACGGCUCUGAAUGAAAAUGUGGCCACGCUGAAGAGAGAGUGGCAGGGCAGCCAGCGGCGGGUCAGUGAACUGGAGAAGCAGACGGAUGAGCUAAGAGGAGAGAUCGCUGUGCUGGAGGCCACCGUCCAGAACAACCAGGACGAGAGACGGGCUCUUUUGGAAAGGUGUGUGAAGGGUGAAGGUGAGAUAGAGAAACUGCAGGCCAAGGUGGUGGAACUGAGGCGGAAGCUUGAUGACACGACGGCAGCCAUGCAGGAGCUGGGCAGGGAGAACCAGUCGCUCCAGAUCAAGCAGUCACAGUCUCUCACCAGGAAGUGGGCCGAGGAUCACGAGGUGCAGAACUGUAUGGCUUGUGGGAAAGGCUUUACUGUCACUGUCAGGAAGCAUCAUUGCAGACAUUGCGGAAACAUUUUCUGCAACGAGUGUUCGGCGAAGAACGCCUUCACGCCAUCUUCGAAAAAGCCAGUCCGGGUCUGUGAGACGUGCUUUGAGGAGCUCCAAGGCUGAUUUCCCCUCUUAUUCCUUUACCUCCCUCCCAAACACCCCCUCACCCCUCUCUUUCCUCCCCCCGUAUCUACUCCAGCGGACAGAAGAAGGCGCGUCUUUGUCGCAUUUAAUGUGCACUAUAAAGGACAGACCCAGUGCAAAGACUCCCCACCUGCAUGUGACUCGUGGCUCUGGUGUGGAGGAGUUUCACAUGAAGCUUGCCACACUGCUACAUAAAGGGUUUUAUUGAAGAGAGACACCAGAGCCAUGUGAUGGGAUAGAGUGGGGUUUGGAUGGGGGAUUGUCUGUAUCUGUUUUUGUGCCUUUGCUACUCCUGUGGACUGCCAGAGAGCGAGACAGAGAGAACUAAACACCAUCCAUCUCUUUUUAAGUUCAUAUUCACAUCUGCUUUGUUGUUGUUUGGCAUCAUUGGCAACGGCAAGGUGGCUGCUUUGUGACUUUGUAAACUGUUUGGCAUCAGUUGUGUAGGAGGUGUAAAGUCAGUGUGACACUGCAAAAGUAACUGGGAGGGAAGUAAAUAUUGUAAUAGUGAUGUUGGAAAUCACUACUGACCCACAAAGGUAUAUGCCAGUAACUCUUUUGUUAAGAAAAAUCUGUAAAUGUUCCAGAAAUAGAAAAUCAAGUGAUCAGCAAAUGCAAACAUAUUUUUUAAAUAAUCAAUUUAACUGACAUACUGUGAUUAAUAAGUGUUAUACAGUCUUUGCAUAUGAAUACUAAGGUGUGCUUAGGGUAUACUUUUGAGGAACUUGGCUUCAUUAUCUGUGCAUAAUCACAAUUUCAUGCUGUUAAUAGUUAAUUUGGGCUGCC